CACUCCGUCCUGGACGAAAGAUGCUGCUAAACGCGCUCACUGGGCUCCGGUGAAGAGACUGCGUUGCCCGGAGAAAGAGACGAAGAAGAGGCCAACAGGUGGUGGUUUGCGGACACUCCGCACUGUUGCGCACACGGCUUCCAGCGCGCGCGGCCACGAUGCCGUUACCGUCCGGCGCCCUGUUACUGCUGGCGGCUCUGUGCUCAGGCGUGGGCCUCACGGGAGCGGAGGGUUGUGGGGCAUCAUGUGGAAAGUGUGACUGCAGCGGUGUAAAGGGAACAAAGGGUGAGAGAGGAUUUCCUGGUCUUCAAGGUAACAUGGGUUUCCCAGGAAUGCAGGGACCCGAGGGCCCUCCGGGUUCAAUGGGCCCUAAGGGUGAUAUUGGUGAGACUGGGACCCCUGGAUUGAAAGGAGUGAGGGGUCCUCCCGGUAUUCCAGGUUUUCCAGGAAACCCAGGCCUACCGGGGCUUAAUGGAAACGAUGGACCACCAGGUGCACCAGGUAUCCCAGGAUGCAAUGGGACCAAAGGAGAAAGAGGAAGGGAUGGACCUUCUGGCUUUCCUGGUCUUCAAGGACCACCUGGAAUGCCUGGAAUUCCUGGAAUGAAGGGGGACCCUGGUGGUGUGAUUGGGGUUGUUCCCCUGAAAGGUGACAAAGGAUUCCCUGGCACACCUGGAUAUCCUGGAUCUCGUGGACCUCCUGGAAAUAUGGGACCUACAGGACCCCCGGGAUUUCAAGGACCCAAAGGUGAUGCAGGACCCCCUGGCCCACCUGGAGAAAAGGGUGACCGCCUGUCCUUUAUGGAACAGAAAGGAGAUAAGGGUGAUCGAGGAUUUCGUGGCCCCCCUGGCCCACCCGGACCAGGACCAUCGGAUGUAGGAGGACCAACUGUCACAGUGAUAGGACCUCCGGGAGAAAGAGGAUCUAAAGGAGAUAAGGGUGAUAAAGGCUACUGCUACGGUGUCAAAGGAGAAAUAGGUCCACCAGGACCAAAAGGCAAACCUGGCAAGGACGGCGAAAUUGGCCCAAAGGGACAAAAAGGCUAUUAUGGGGUUCCUGGCUUGCCUGGUCUUGAGGGUGAAAAGGGAGAGAGAGGACCACCGGGUCAUGGUACUGGUCCCCCUGGUGCUCCUGGACCUUCUGGUUACCCUGGAUCCAAAGGAGAAAAGGGUUUUCCUGGACCUCAAGGAGAGGCCGGUCCACCAGGACGGUUCAUUGAAGGACCUCGUGGAGAGAAGGGUCAGAAAGGAGAAUCUGGAGAGAAAGGAGACAGAGGUUUAGAAGGAGAGUCCCUUGUUGGACCUCCAGGACAACCAGGAGACCUUGGACCCCCUGGUCCACCAGGGCCCCCUCCUGACCCCGGAUGUAACAUUACGAAAGGGCCACCUGGUCCUCCAGGGUUACAAGGGGAAGUGGGACAGAAAGGUAACAAAGGCGAUACUUGUUUUGACUGCAACGGUUUCCCGGAACCUGGAUUACCUGGUCCCAAGGGGUCAAAAGGAGAGCAGGGCCCUCCUGGGCUAGUGGGAAGCAAGGGAGACAAAGGCCAACCUGGUUUUCCUGGACAACCUGGAAAACCUGGUUCGGCAGGUAGUCCAGGUUUAAGGGGGAAUCCUGGCGCUGUUGGUGAGCCAGGGGACAUUUUCAUAGCUCCUGGUCUGAAGGGAGAUAAAGGUCUUCCUGGUCCUGAUGGUUCACCAGGGAGACCAGGUCUGGAUGGACAGCCAGGGAGAGAUGGCCACCCUGGUGUACCCGGCCUUAAAGGAGAACCUGCCAAAGAGGGCAUCAAAGGUGAGCGUGGACCAGAUGGAGAUCCUGGUCGUAUUGGACCCCCAGGAGAGAGGGGUCCCCCUGGACAGCCAGGCUUUGGUCGCCCAGGAGAGCCUGGCGAGAAAGGCAGUCAAGGCAGACCAGGAACACCUGGUUCUCCUGGAAAACCAGGUACAAAAGGUGAGCCUGGAGAAGGUCAGAGCAUUCCUGGGCCUCAAGGUGAACCUGGACCACCAGGAGUGGCUGGAAUUCCUGGAGCUCCAGGUAUCCGAGGUCUGCCGGGAGAUCAAGGCUUGCCAGGUUUUCCUGGAGAGAAGGGUGAACAAGGACCUUCUGGAAUUGGAUUUCCAGGCCCAACUGGUCCUAAAGGAAUAAGUGGAAUUCCAGGAGCACCAGGAUUACCAGGGGAACGAGGAGCACCUGGGCAUGAUGGUUUGACUGGACAUACUGGUCCACCUGGACAAAAAGGUGAACCAGGACGGGGUCUCCCAGGUCCAAAAGGGUCUCAGGGCCUCCCAGGAGUUACUGGAUUCAAAGGAGAAAAAGGUAGUAGUGGACCACCUGGAGUUCCUGGACGAGAAGGCCAGACAGGACCACCAGGACCUCAGGGAAUCAAAGGUGAUGUGGGACCCCCAGGACUGCCAGGUAAUGUUGGCUCACCAGGUCCACCAGGAAAAGGUGCUCCCGGACCCCAGGGACCACAAGGACCAGCUGGAGAGCCUGGACCACAAGGUAGGGAAGGUGUAAAGGGAGAAAAGGGCUUUCCUGGUGUUCCUGGUUCGGACAUGCCAGGACCUCAGGGAGAAAAAGGAACGCAAGGCUUCCCAGGACCCCCAGGCACUAAAGGACAGCCAGGGCCACCAGGGUUAUCAGGCAGGGAUGGACUUCCUGGUAAACAAGGCUCCAAAGGUGAAAUGGGGGUCAUGGGAACACCAGGAGUCCCAGGAUUUCCCGGACCACCAGGUACAGCUGGUUCUCCAGGACUGAGAGGUGAUCCUGGUGUUACUGGACCAAGAGGCAAUUUUGGAGAACCUGGACCUAAAGGAGAGAGAGGAGAACAGGGUCUUCCAGGACCUGAUGGGAACCUGACUAACGUUGAUAUGGAACACAUGAAGGGAGAUAAAGGGGAUCUUGGAAAACCAGGUGAACAAGGUGCCACUGGAGAACGGGGUUAUGUUGGAGAAGAAGGAAAACCUGGAUUAAAAGGCAAAGAUGGAGCGCCAGGACUACCAGGACAUCCAGGUGAUAAAGGAGACCCUGGUCUUGCUGGAGACCCUGGUGUUAUGGGACCACCCGGACCAAAGGGCAGUGUAGGGGAGAUGGGAAUACCAGGCCAGGUUGGUCCAAAGGGUAGCAAAGGUAACAGUGGUACACCAGGGCAUCCUGGAUUUAAAGGGGAUCAUGGACAGAAAGGAGAUAGUGGAGCACCUGGUGAGCCAGGUAUUGGGUUGCCAGGAGUUCCUGGAGAAAAGGGCCAGAAGGGCCUUUCAGGAUCCCCAGGAGUACAAGGAGAAAAAGGUCAGAAGGGAUAUGAGGGUAUGCCUGGCAAGCCUGGAUUGCAAGGCUCCAAAGGAGAUCAAGGAAGCACUGGAUAUCCUGGUGAAUCAGGUAGACCAGGUGACAGAGGGAUUCCUGGGCUUCCUGGAUCUCCAGGAGAACCUGGUCGUGAAGGCCAGCCUGGUGAACAUGGCAUGCAGGGACCUCCUGGCCUUCCUGGGGUAAAGGGAGAGGCUGGAGUGGAUGGUAUCCCUGGAUCCUCAGGGGAACGAGGUGAACCAGGUUUACCUGGUCGAAGCUUCCCUGGGCCGGCAGGAGGAACAGGUAGCAAAGGUGACAAAGGUAGUCCAGGCUUCCCUGGCACUCCAGGCCACCCAGGUGUCCCUGGUACCAAAGGUGACAAAGGACUUCCAGGCCUGCAGGGACCACAGGGGAAGACUGGAGAAAUAGGGAUCCCAGGCGCUUCUCUGGAGGGCCCUAAAGGAGAGAGAGGAGAAACAGGACAACCUGGAGAAGCAGGAUCCAGAGGAACACCAGGAUUGCCUGGUGUGCCAGGUAGAGAGGGCCAAAAGGGGGACAAAGGAGACCAGGGCUGGCCUGGAUUCCAGGGGGAGACAGGACGUAAGGGUGACCCUGGAACCUCUGGACCUCCGGGAGAAACUGGUCUUCCAGGUAUCGAGGGACAGAAAGGGGAGACGGGAAUACAGGGUGUCCCUGGCUUCCCAGGUACAAAGGGUCCUGUUGGCAACAUUGGAUUCAAGGGAGAAGUUGGAGACAGAGGAUUCUCAGGAGAGAAGGGUCAUGAAGGGCCUCCUGGUCCACCUGGUCCCCAUACCUUUACUAAGGGAGACAUUGGACCCCAUGGAGUUCCAGGUUUUCCAGGUCCUCAGGGGCCAGCAGGUUUUCCCGGAGAGAAAGGACAGCAAGGUUUGACAGGUAUUCCUGGACCAAAAGGUGAAGAAGGAAUUCCUGGAUAUCACGGUCAAGCUGGAGCCAAAGGAGAGCCUGGUCCACAGGGGCCACAAGGACCCAGAGGUCACCCUGGCCCUCCGGGACCUGAUGGUGUUCCUGGUCAAGUCGGUCCACCUGGACCCUCUUCCAUGGAUCAUGGAUUCCUUGUAACUCGUCACAGCCAAUCUGUCGAUGUUCCACUUUGUCCCCAUGGAACCUCACUCAUAUAUGAUGGCUACUCUCUGCUCUAUGUACAAGGCAACGAACGAUCCCAUGGACAGGACCUAGGUACGGCCGGCAGCUGUCUAAGGAAAUUCAGCCCCAUGCCAUUCCUAUUCUGUAACAUCAACAACGUGUGCAAUUUUGCAUCCCGUAAUGAUUAUUCCUACUGGCUCACAUCCCCGGAACCCAUGCCCAUGAGCAUGGCACCCGUCACUGGUGAAAGCAUCAAGCCUUUCAUCAGCAGAUGUGCUGUAUGUGAGGCUCCAGCCAUGGUGAUAGCAGUUCACAGUCAGACCAUCAUGAUCCCUGCGUGUCCCCACGGCUGGGCCUCUCUGUGGAUUGGCUACUCUUUUGUCAUGCACACAAGCGCUGGGGCCGAGGGUUCGGGCCAGGCUCUGGCCUCUCCUGGUUCGUGCCUGGAGGAAUUCCGUAGCGCUCCUUUCAUCGAGUGCCACGGACGUGGAACUUGCAACUAUUAUGCCAACUCAUACAGCUUCUGGCUCGCCACCAUCGAAGACGACGGCAUGUUUACGAAACCCGUCCCAACAACGCUAAAAGCAGGCAACCUCCGAACCCACAUAAGUCGCUGCCAGGUGUGCAUGAAGAGGACAUAAAUCCCAACACCACAGUGUAACAUGCAAGUUACAGCACAUGGCUUUACUCCCUGUUUCCAACGGAUGGUGCUAUUUCCCUGCAUGUUUGAAUGGAGAAGGGCAGAGACACGUUUCUGCAGAACAGCCAGAAAUCGAACAUGACAUUGCAGAACGCAGAGACUGAGCGGCUUUUGCUACAUGCAGAACUAACAUUAUCACAAUGUGUCUCUAAAAGUGUGGCGCCCAGUUUACCACUGCACUGAGUUCAUGCCCCCUAAACCGGUAAACUGGUGUUCAUUCUGAGGAGUAUUUUGUGUAAGUCAGGUGCUAUUGAAUUUUACUUAUCUGCCUUAUUUCAUUUUCAUUCCCUAUAAGUGCCACACCGUACCAUAUAUAUAGCUACAUUAGUAUUGUAGACUUUCACACCGUAUAACUUGUACUAAUGUAAAGGGCGGGACUUACCACUGGUUACAAAAGCUUGUUAUUUGUUAGAUCACAAUAUGUUGCCACCACAGAUAUAUAUCAAUCACACCUUUGUAAAUAUAAUUCUUUCCUCUCUAACACCAGUCAACAUACUCUCCUCAGGUUACCAGUCGGUUACAUUGUGUGUUUUAGGUCAAACUUUAUUUAUAAGAUUUACAUUUUAAGUUGGACUUGGAGUGUUUCUGCAGAUUUCUUCAAUCCUAAGACAAUAUUUCAACGUCUGACAACCAGUGCCUUACUAACCUACAGAACAACACUGAAAUAGCAUCAGCAGGUGUGAGUGUGCAUGUGUGUGUGUACAUUUGAGCUGACUGAAGGUGGAAUGAGUGUAUUUGUUGUAACGUUUGCUUUAACUAUAUUGUUGCACAACCCUUGAAAUUAUCCAAAGCAAACUCACGAUAAGACCAAAGAAAAAAGACUUUUCUCCUCCUUUAUUAUGUCGUGAACCAAAUCAUUCUACCGUAAUUCUCAGUCUCCAACGCAAAGAAAUGCGCAUGUACAUACACUUACACAUUACAUGUACUUACUUGACUAUUCCUGUUUGUGAAUUUUUUUAGCUCUCCCUGUUGAUUUCAUGUCAAAUGUAGGAUGUUUGAAUAGGAGUGAUGGCUCAUAUUAUCAUGGUUGCACAUUUAGGUCAAACACACAGAUGAGGAGGGUUGUAUUUAUAAGUGCCUCUGCAGGUUAAGACGCUUUAAAAGCUGUUAACUAAAGUUUGCAUUUUAAUACUGUAUUUUAUCAUUCUAAGAGUAUGUCUUUGUGUUGAUACAUAUUGAAAACGCAAAAACAACUGAAAUAUGCAAAGAUUUCUACUUUUAAAGUAAUGCCAGUUCCUCUACAACUACAAAAACCCUUUUAAGUUUGUGUCCAUUAGUUCAUAUAGUAUUGGAAGAAUUUGCCUUAAAACAGAUCUGAAAGUGAUGUUAACUUAUUAACGAACAGACCAGAAAAGAAAAUACUUUGAGAUUUUUUUUCCAGAACCCAUACUGUGUCAUUCCUGCAAUAAAGUGAUUUGUAGAAUAUU